GGAGAAAGUAACCGGAUGUUGCGAUGUUAGCAUAACAAAAACACAAAAAACACCUUUGUUUGCUAACUAAAUGAAGUGUGUAAUUUAUCGACUCGAAAGUUAGGUUACAUCAUGUAAAUGUGUACUUUAUACCACUGCGUUUAUUUCUACCUGAGGUUUGUAGCACACAAUGCUAUUAGCCUCCAUUAGCAAAGUGAAUGGACUGUUAGCCACCUAGAGCCGAGGCAGCUAACAGCAGAUAUUUAAUCAGCGUUUCCGAGUUGCAGGCUGCAGAAUAUAUAGAUUAUGUAGCUGAUACCAUGACCUACUAUAACGUGAAGGUUGCAAGCAAGGACUGAAAAGGAGAAUCCCAAGUGGAGCGAGGAUGUCUGAGAUGAUGAAGCUUGAAGCAGAAGACCCAGGAGGGCUCAGGGUUGUGCCUGGCAUACCUGUAGGAUCCACAUCAGAACUGGAGCAGACACAAGACAGCAAAGAUCUCAUGUUCCCAGACUUUCAAAUUGUGGUGGUUAAAGAAGAACAUUGUGAUCUAUGGAGCUCCAACUCGGACCAGCAGGACCCGGAGCCCCUUGACAUAAAGGAGGAAGAUGAGGAACUCUGGAUCAAUCAGGAGGUAGAGCAGCUUCUUGUGAAGAUCGAAGAUGAAGAGAAACCACAGUUAUCAGAGCUUCAUCAAAUCAAAACUGAAAAUGACAGAAAGACAGAAGCUCCAACCAGCAGCUCAACUGAACAGAUGGAAACGGAGUCUAAUGAAGAGAACUGUGGAGGACCAGAACCUGACACCAACCGAGAUCCAGAGUGUUCUUAUCAACAAAGUAAGAUGACUGUUCAUAAAAAAGGUAAAAGACCUAAGAUUACCUCGAUUGGAGUCCAUGAAGGAGAAAGGCCAUUUGGUUGCAGUGUUUGUGGCAAAAGAUUUAAAUGUAAAAUUCAUGUUGAUUUCCACAUGAAGACUCACACCGCAAAGAGAGAGCAUAACUGUGAUUUUUGCGGUAAGGGAUUUCAAGACGACCAUUCACUACAGACACAUGUAAGAGUCCACACUGGAGAGAAACCAUUUGCCUGUGAUGAUUGUGGUAAAAGGUUUCAUGCCAAGAAUAUUCUUAAUAGUCACAUGAAAGUCCAUUCAGAAGAAACAUUUCCCUGUGAUGUUUGUGGUUCAGUCUUUAAAAGAAAGGAAAGCCUAAAAAAGCACAUGUGGACCCACACUGCACAGAGACCGUUUGUUUGUAGUGUUUGCAGUAAAGGGUUUUUAAAACAAGAUCAUCUUAAGGGCCAUAUGCGUGUACACACAGGAGAAAAAUCAUUCAUUUGUAGUUUCUGUAGUAAAGGAUUUUCACUUCAGCACAAUCUGAAAAGACACAUGCUUGUUCACACAGGAGAGAAGCCAUUGGUUUGUAGUGUUUGCAGUAAAGGAUUUUCACAACAUUUAGAUCUGAAGAGACACAUGCGUGUUCACACAGGAGAGAAACCCUUUAUUUGUGGUGUUUGCUGUAAAGAAUUUUCAAAUCCUGGAGGUCUGAAAAAACAUAUGAAUUUUCACACUGCGCCGUUUAGCUGUAGCGACUGCAGUAAACAUUUUGUGGAUGAAAUGCAGUUAGAGCGACAUGCAAGAGUUCACAUUGAGGAGAGGCCAUUUGCUUGUGAGGCCUGUAAAUGCAGAUUUAAUCAUAAGUGUCAUCUUAAAAAGCACAUGAGAGUCCAUUCAGGAGAAAAACCAUUUAUUUGUAGCGUUUGUAGUAAGGGAUUUACGUUACAAGAGAAUCUAAAGAGACACAUGCGCAUUCACACAAGGGAGAAACCGUUUGCGUGUAGCGUUUGCAGCAAAGCAUUUUCACAGCAUGGGAAUCUGAAGAGACACAUGAGUGUUCAUGAGGGUUGCAACUCAUGAUUAUUUUGAUGGCCGACUUAUCUCUCACUACUUUUCCAACAGUCUUCAUUUUGCACACAGGAAUUGCCUCUACUGCAGGGGGGCCAUCUCCAGUCGUUGAGAGCUACUGUCCUGCAAUUUUUGGAAUCAUCCCUGCUCCAACAAACUGGAAUCACCCUCAUCAGCAUGUCAUUUAGCUUUAGUUGUGUUGGAGAAACGGAUGCAUAUAAGAGCUGGAGGACCUCUACUGAAUGAUAUAAAUUCUUACAGUAAAUCAAAAUAUAAAUUUGUUGUGAAAGACACUUUAAAAAAAUAUUUUUCCUUCUUUAGCUGUAGUUGAAAACGGGGUUCUGCAAAAUCAAAUUUUAAUACUUGAAGCAUAUUUUUUUUAAAGUACAGGGUUAUAUGAUACUGCUAGAAAACACAGUCAGAGAUUUGGAGCCAAUUUUUGAUCUCUGCUUUCUGUAAAGCUUUGCCCUGCCCACAGCGAUAUGAUCCAAAUAUCUUGGAAAACUAACACUGUCGAAAACAUUUUUAUUCUAACUUUCCUGUCUUAGUUGAUCAUUAAUUAUUUAUAUUAGCGAAAUGCUGUGCAGAGAGCAGUUUCUGUGAAACAGGGUUUUACUAAUUACUAACAAACACAAAAUGAUUGGAAGUUGAAGUUUUAAACAGUCUGUAUGAGAGGUCCCAGGUUCAAAUCCCGUGUGAGACCCAGUUUACUGUUACAGUCCAGGCAGUUAACAACAAAGAGAAGUAAAAAUGGUGUAAUGUCAUUCUCCCUUUUUUUUUAAGAAGACCAAAAUACAAGUAAACAGUUAUUAUUCAAAAUAACAAGGUUACAAAUUACCAACUCAAAACCAAGACUUAUUUAAAUUUCCACCUAUUUCAACAUACAUCUACCACUUAAAGGCAAGACCAAUCAGAAAGCAGAGUUGGUGCUUCAAACACCGGAGUCAUCAGCAAAAAACUAACCGUGAAUUAGCAGUCAUACAGUUGAGCCAGCCCAAUCACCUGA